AUGUACAAAUCCUACAAGGAUCCAGAUGAUUAUUUUGAUGAUACAAAAUAUGAUAAUCAAAUAGAGAAUGCAAAAGAUUUUAAUUGUGACGAUGAUUGUGAGGACAAUGAUGCUCAUGAUGAUGAAGUUGCACUUGACUUUAUUUAUGAUGAUAAUGCCAGCAUUAACUUUAUUCAUGCUGCUGGUUAUAUUAGUUCAGCAAAACAUUAUUGUUUAAAUGAUAAUGAAAGUCAAUCGAAUCUCAUGAGUGUAUCGAUUGAUAUUGAACCUAGCUAUUGUUAUCAAUCUACAUCAUGUUUAUCUAAUGUUUGCAGCAGUACAAUCAAGAGUCUUAUAUCAUCAUCGUUACAUCCAUUAUUUGGAUCAAAUCCAUUUCAAAAUUAG